AUGGCCGAUCAAAUAGUUGAAAUGGAAAAAUCAAUCGAAAAAGAUGAAAAUUCCAGCACCGAGGUCUAUCCAAGUAGUCGUAACAGUCAACGAAGUGGAACUUUGUUCAAUAUAUUUGCUUUGAAAAAAGCCGCAGCUCAAGGGAUGAUGGAUGUUGCUUUGAUGACUUCUAACGCCAACCAGCUGCGAUAUUUGAUGGAAUAUGGUCCCCGAAGUUGGUAUCGCGGGUUAAUUUUAAUGAUAAGUACGUACUACUUAAAAGGUGAAAAAGAAGUAAUCGUUGGAAUAAUUUUGAUUAUGAAAGGUCGAUCAGAUUUCCGUAGACGAUCUACUUUUCGUCGCCAAAAAACCAAACAUGAUAUUCAAUUGAAUCAGUGUGUAGGUGUGGGAGUAUUUUUAAUCACCGUAGUUAACGUAUUUAUUGCGGCCUUCGGUGUGAAUGUAGCUUCUCCAACAAUGCAACCUGUUCAAACGUCAUCGCAGACCAAGGAUAAAUAA